UGUGGGGUGGGAGCAGGCCCCAAGGGGAGCCCAGGGUCAGUCGGCAGGACGCUGGGGCCCAGGAAUGUGGGAACCUGCGCCCCAGGGGCCAGGGCAGGAAUCCUACAGUGGUAGGGUGCUUGGGGCUUUCUCUUUCUCUCUCUGACCAGAGCCUUAUGUAAGAGCUUUUCUCGGGAAACAGGAAGUCCUGCUUGCCAAGUUCAGCACAGGGAGUAGUACAGGCCUUAUUCCAACACACCCGGCCUGGCCUUAACCCCAGAACUCAGCCCGUCUCUUGCUUCCGCGACCCUGGUUCUCCUUCCCAUCUGCCCCCCUCCUCUCCUUUUCCACCUUCAGUCAUUCCUGGCCGACUUGUCCGAGGAUCUCUGGGGUGUCUGAGCCAGAGGGUCUCCCGCCCUCACCCGUGACCCCCAAGGCUGCCCAGCUUGUCCCUCCAUCCCUGCUCUUGGCACCAUGCCCCGUAGCCAGCCAACCUUCCCUCCCCCACUUCUGGGGCAGUCCCAGGAUUCCUAUGCUCCGGCCGCUCCUCCUGGGUGUCACUGGCAGUCCUGUCCUUCCUAGAGAGACUGACACCGAGUUCUCCUGACGCUGGAGGAGGGGGCGUCUCAACACAACACUGGCCCCACGGCGGGGUGCCAGGAGCACCAACAGUGCCCCUUGCUGGCUCUCCUCCUCCCUUUUUUCAUUCUCAAGUUCCUUUUUAUUCCUCCCUUGCGUAACGCUCCUCUUCCCUUCUGUACCCCCACCCUUCCCACCACCUCCUCGCCACCCCACUCCUGAGGCCACAGCCUUCGGCAGGGUCCCCAGCUCAUGCCAGCCUCAUCUCCUUCCUUGCUAGCCCCCAAAGGGCCCCCAGGAGACAUGGGGGGCCCAGUCCGAGAGCCGGCACUCUCAGUCGCCCUCUGGUUGAGUUGGGGGGCAGCUCUGGGGGCCGUGGCUUGUGCCAUGGCCCUGCUGACCCAACAAACAGAGCUGCAAAAUCUAAGGAGAGAGGUGGCUCGGCUGCAGAGGACUGGAGGGCCCUCUGAGAAGGAGGAAGGGUAUCCAUGGCUGAGCCUCCAGGAGCAGAGCCCUGAUGCCCUGGAAGCCUGGGAGAAUGGGGAGAGAUCCCGGAGAAAGAGAGCUGCACUCAUCCAUAAACAGAAGAAGAAGCACUCGGUUCUGCACCUUGUCCCCAUCAAUAUCACCUCCAAGGAGGACUCUGAUGUGACAGAGGUGAUGUGGCAACCGGCUCUUAAGCGUGGGAGAGGUCUGGAGGCCCAAGGAUAUGUUGUUCGAGUCUGGGACUCUGGAAUUUAUCUGCUGUACAGCCAGGUCCUGUUUCAUGAUGUGACUUUCACCAUGGGUCAGGUGGUGUCUCGGGAGGGCCAGGGAAGGCAGGAGACUCUCUUCCGAUGUAUCCGAAGCAUGCCCUCCAACCCCGACUGGGCCUACAAUAGCUGCUACAGUGCGGGUGUCUUCCACCUGCACCAGGGCGAUAUUCUGAGUGUCACAAUCCCCCGGGGAAGGGCGAAACUUAGCCUCUCUCCGCAUGGAACCUUCCUGGGGUUUGUGAAACUGUGAUUAUGAUACGGAUGGUGGUUUUGAGCUCGGAAGACGAGGGUGGGUAAUACUGGACACAGCCACGAGCUAACAGGAGCAGAGGCCUCUUCUGGGUUUGACCUCAACCCUGGGUUGGACGGCUCAUCCAUCUCCCUUCCUCCCUUUGCCUCAUCGCUCCCUCACCUUCUAGACUUCGCUUUCACGGAUAUUAAAGAGGUGUAACAUCUU